CAUUCGUAAUAGGUACCUAAGUGAAAGUUAAACAGGGUUUUAUUCAAACAACUUGUUGCAAUUAAUAAUUACUUUUAUAUUUUAAGUCAAAUAUAAUUUUCUAGUGAUAGCCGCAGAUCGUAGCUUGUAUCAAUUUUCACGUAAUCGGAUAAUGGAACCCAACCCUGUAAUUAUUGCUGCUACAGCAAAACAAACAGCAUCUCUGAUCUUUUUACAUGGACUUGGUGAUACGGGCCAUGGAUGGGCAAGUACAAUUGCAGCAAUCAGAGGGCCCCACGUAAAAGUAAUUUGUCCAACUGCUUCUACAAUGCCAGUAACACUGAAUGCAGGAUUUCGAAUGCCCUCCUGGUUUGAUUUAAGAACAUUAGAUGCUACUGCUCCAGAGGAUGAAGAGGGCAUCGUAAAUGCGACAUCACUUAUACAUGGAUUAAUAUCAGAUGAAGUUAAAGCUGGUAUUCCAGCAGGUCGGAUUUUGUUGGGUGGGUUUUCACAAGGUGGGGCAUUGGCCCUUCAUGCAGCUCUUACAUAUCCUGAACCACUAGCUGGAGUUAUGUCUCUCUCCUGCUGGCUACCGAGACAUGCUCAUUUCCCAGAAGGCCUUAAAGCUCCUAAAGAACUACCGAUAUUCCAAGCUCACGGCGACUGUGAUCCAGUAGUGCCAUAUAAAUGGGGACAAAUGACUGCAGUAUUUUUAAAGACAUUUAUGAAGAAUAUUGAAUUCGUUACCUACCAAGGUUUAUCGCACAGCUCGUCGGAUGCAGAACUAAAAGACAUGAAAACUUUUAUAGAGAAAAGGUUGCCCGCGGUCAAAUAAAUUAUUAUAUAAGAGAAAAUGUACUUACAAAUAUAAUUUUAUAUUAAAUUGAUUUGAAAUAAUUAUAAAAUAAUCUUCCAAAGGUUACAUAGUUCGGGUGUAAGUAAGGUUCUAAAUACUCUGAUAUGAAAUUAAACUUAGUCAGUUUGGUUCAUUUCGCCAAAUAUUUAAUUUUAAUUUAAGAUUAGCCAUGAACUUAAUAAAAGUUAUAAUUAUUAUUAUCGAUAA